AUGACUUCUGCUGGGCCAGGCUACAACGCUCUUCUUGACGUGCGUACGGAGCUAGUGGACAAGCUAGUCACUUGUAGAGCCGAUCCAAACGUGCUCAUCGUCAAAGCCAAGGAUAGAGGAAUGAUAGGGAGCAUACAGGCGAGCGCAGCGGUGGCUCCUGGGUCGGAGUCGGGUAGAGAGAAGGCGGAGCAACUGGUGAAUCAAAUUUUGGAAGCCACGAAAACCGAUGACACGAAGGUCGAGGAGUUCGCACAGCUCCUGGAGGAGAACUCGUUGGGAGAAGUGGCGGCUUUCCUACGUGGGAAACCGACUGAACACCCCCUGUACAGGACAGCCACGUGCCAUUUCGAGAGCCGGAGCAACGUAUACCAGGUGAUGGUUACGGAGACCGCCCGCCGAAGCUCGAGCCUGUCAGCCUAGAUGACUCGGGAGUUGCUAAAGACAUGAG